AAGAGAUUGCUGCUUUAAAAUGGAAAAUAUAGUUGUUGUAUCAUUAUUUUAAAAGGUUUAGAGGGCUGGAUGUUUUGAAUGCACAGUAUUCUGGUAAUAACUUAGGCCUAAAUGUAAUAUUGUGGUAAUUAAGUGAGUACAUACUCUGCAGCCUCUGAUUUAUGGCCAAAUGAAAGCAGUCGAGAGCAGGCUGUAGCCAUUUUCUGUGCGGUGGAAGAAGGGAUUGCGGAACAGCUGCAUUUUUUUCCCUCCUUAACCCAAUCAGCAUUGCUCAGACAUGAGUCACUCCCCCACCCUGCCCUUAUACGGCUCAGGGGCUGGAGCUGCCUCUCUCUGCCGGAGACUGAAAUGGUGGCUGCCUGUACAAAAACAGCAGCAGCAGCAGCACCAUUAGGAAGGGAACAGCUACAGACCUAACACAGAAUCGCAGUGGAGCAAAGACUUGGUGAAUGAAAAGCUCAGCAUCCAUGGCAGACAAGGAGCAAAUCAAGCAGACGGCGAUCAAGGUUCUGGGCUACGUAGAGAAAAUCUCAGAGUUCGCCUCCUCCAUAGACCCCCUGUUUGGCAUCGUCACUUCCCUGGUCGGGGUUGUGAGGAAGGGGCUGGGAGAUGAUGAAGAAGAUAAGGAAGUGGACAAGGACUUCCGUCAGGUCCACGAGAAGCUGGAGAGCAUCUCAGCGAAGAACAAGCAGACCCUGCGGCAGAUUCGCAUAGACGAGGUCAACGAGACCUUUGGAAAGUAUGAGGAAUACAUCAAGCAUCAGUACGGCGCCUUCAACACCAUGGUGGAGAAGGUCAAGCUGGACCCGGAAAAUGCAGGCCGAUACAUGGAGGACUUUGAGAAGAUCUACGAAAGGGACAAGAGUGACUUAAGCUUGGAUGUGUACUAUCGUGGGGUCAUGGGGACUGGUUCGCUCUUUGGCAGGCCCCUGCUGAAGGUUUAUCUGGAGCACUGCGACAGGAACAGGAAGGUGAUGGAGGCUAGGUGCUCUCACCUGGCCAAUCUCUUCCAUAUCGGCCUCAUAGCACUGAUGGCCUACACCUCGGUCACGGAGGACGACGAGGAUGAGGUCCGGGAGAAAUGGGCCCAAAAGGUCAUUGACAUUCAGGCCAAGAUGCAAGAGGUUCUGGACCAAUGUGAUGAAGAGGACCGAACCUAGACGCAUUUGAAAGGGUGUUUAUAAUAUAGGCAACUUCUCAUAUUCUAAAAGUUUGCAAUGGAGCAAUCAAAGAAACCAAAGUGACUUUAAUAUGGCUACAUCCACACAGCAGAUAAACCAGACCCAAACUUGAUGUUAGUAUAUGGACAUCUUCUCUAGCAUGAAAGGAUUGGGACAACCCUUCAAUCACCUGAUAUGUCAUCAGAAGCGCUAAAGUUUAGUAAUCUAGCUGCUGCUGGUUAACUUCUUUAAGACAUUAUCAUUUGUCUUCAGAAAGGAGGACAGGGAUGGUGCAGAAAUUAAUUUAGUGUCCAUUUCUUAAUUUUUCCAGCUUUUAUUAGAUUUUAUUUUAUUAUUCUGUUCCGCCUUAAAUUCUGCAGCCUCUGCCAUCUGUUGCACUAUUUAAGGUGGAAUGGGAAAGUUAGCUAGCUAUCUAGCUACUGAGACAAACUACUAGCGAUCUGUUUUAUGCUUGUUAUGUAGAGUUUGGCCAUAAAACAUUGAAAGUACACAUUAAACUCUCGUAAUAUAGUGCUAAUCGUCACUUUUAAUAAGGAAAAUAUUCUAAUUUUUGGGUUUCUUUGGUUGCUUGUUCACAGAGAAGAGAAGAGAAGAAACAGAAGUAUAGGACCAAGGGGUAAAAUGGGAUUGGGCCCAAAUGUUGGAUGACUGUUACCUCACUAUCCCAACACUGAAACCCUUACUCAUUGCUGUUGUCCAUUUAAAUAUAUAGAAUUUAGGGCACUUUUAUCUGCGGUGUGAACUUAGCAUAAGGGGGUAAUAAGGAACCUUUUUUUUUCUUGCUGGAGCUUUUCCUAUGCAGCUUGCAUCUUUUUUGUAUAGCACUUAAUUUCUAUAGUUAUUAUUAUUCAUUUUCAGUAGGUCUUUGUGUAUGCAAUAUUUCAGGUAUGCUCAUAUGCAGGGUCCUCUAGUGUGGCUGAAUGUAUAGUAAAGCUGGAAUAUUUGUGUAUUUUAUUUUUCAUACUGUUUAUUAUUAUUGUUGUUCAGUUUUCAGAUUUUGCUACUGUGGACCACACUGUUUGACUUGUUUGCACAGCAAUAAAUAUUUUCUGUUUCCAUAUUCAGAA